AUGUACAAAACACCCCCGCAAAAUAAGUCUGCAGCUUCGACGGAGGACUUUAAUAAGAGGACCGAAAAACCAGUACCCACGGGUGGGAAAGACAAAGGGUCAACAUCUUCGGUAAGGAAAAGCAUUGGUGAGCUGGAAUCACGUCUUGGCGCUGCACCAAAAAACAUUAUAGCUACACUGCCGACGAAGCAAAAUACAAAAACUCCUACUGCAAAUGGGGGUGAUGACAACCAAGUGGAUAGAGAAACGACCCAGUACUCAAAUAGAGCACAAGAAGCAAAAGCACACUUGGUUAAGAGUAGUAGGACUCCCGAACGAAAACCCGGAGUCCUCUACACCCUAUACAAUAGCAAGGACAAGGAAAUAAAAAACAAGUAA